AUGGCGACAUAUUCCCGGCGUGCGGUGCGCCGUCUCUCCAUGGUCGCAAUCGCCCUAAGUUUCUCGGCAUGGGCCGGGGUGACCUUCUCCGCACCUGGUGCGCCGAGGGACAUGGAGGUUACCUUCGGAAAGCACGCAGGCCAAAUGAUGUCGGAAAUCGUGGAAGAAGAUCCCGGCUGGUGUCAGUGGGCUAUCAGGACUUCAGAAGCAGAAGACUGUGGUCAUGGUUUGAAGCAGGUUGCGGGUUGGCUCAUGAAGAACGCGCCGGAGGUGAUGGAAAUGCCCCCCAAAGUCAACUUUGGCAAGCAUAAGGGGUUGACUGUGUCACAACUUGUCGAGGAGGACCCUGGCUACUGCGAGUGGAUUCUGAGGACAGCAGAGACAGGUGACGCAGGCCCCGCGCUCGCUGAAGUGGCAGCAUACAUCCAGAAGCAUCACCCGGGAUUUCAAGCAUAG